UGUUUUCCAACCCUCGCGUCUUCGUGCUUUGUCGUCCACCUCCGGAGCUAGUUGUUGCUUGUCUGAGGGGUGAUUGACUAUAAUGGCGACGCGAUUAUUUUGAGUUGAGUCUAUGGCACCGUCUCUGGUUGACAAAGGGGGCAUCUUGGAGAGGUUUUUUUCUGCACCGCAGACUACAGUAGUAAGGAUAAGCAACCGCGAAAGGAAGCACAUUCACCCCAGCCACAAGGAGGCAGGGGAGCUUUAAUCCCGCUAGCAUUACGAUAGCUAGCAACUCCGCUUACUAGCCUGCUAAGUUGAAGAGGUGGGAUUCAAGUGUAUGGACUGGAGGAGAGGGACAGCCAGUUUGCAGAGUACUGAGAUUUGUCUCCGCUAGCGGUUGGCUACUUUACAAGCUUUUGGGGUAUUCACUUUCUCAUUGCCAGAGGCAACACUUCGGAGGCACUAGCGUGAGGUUGACGCUAGCUUGUAAUAGUUUUUGGGAGAGGAUCCAGAAUCCUUUUUGGGUAGCUAACUACAGCUAGCAGGUUAGAGUUGUGGAUUGUUCCAGUCUCCUUCCUGUUAGGACUUGCUCUCACUUGCAUUUGGAAACUCUCUUCCAGCGCACACAUAGCUGGCUAGCAAAGACUGCUAACUCGCUAACUUUUUAAGGAUUGUUGUAACCUUUGCGACAUCUUUUCGUAAAUGACCACCGGGAGGAAUAACCGAGCCAUGAUGGAAGGAGUUGGAGCGAGAGUGGUCCGCGGACCUGACUGGAAGUGGGGGAAACAGGAUGGAGGAGAGGGACAUGUUGGCACCGUCAGGAGUUUUGAAAGUCCAGAGGAGGUGGUGGUUGUCUGGGAUAACGGGACGGCUGCCAACUACCGUUGUUCUGGAGCUUACGACGUAAGGAUAUUAGACAGUGCUCCAACAGGCAUCAAGCAUGAUGGAACCAUGUGUGACACCUGCCGUCAACAGCCCAUCAUUGGUAUUCGCUGGAAAUGUGCAGAGUGCACCAAUUACGACCUCUGCACAACCUGUUACCAUGGAGACAAGCAUCACCUGAGACACCGGUUCUACAGGAUCACCACCCCAGGCAGUGAGAGAGUACUUUUGGAGUCACGUCGCAAGUCAAAGAAAAUCACAGCUCGAGGGAUCUUUGCUGGUGGCCGGGUUGUGAGAGGAGUUGACUGGCAAUGGGAAGACCAGGAUGGAGGGAGUGGGAGGAGAGGAAAGGUAACAGAGAUCCAGGACUGGAGUGCAGCCAGCCCUCACAGCGCUGCCUAUGUACUGUGGGACAACGGGGCCAAGAACCUGUACAGAGUUGGCUUUGAGGGAAUGUCGGACCUGAAAUGUGUCCAGGAUGCCAAAGGAGGGACAUUUUACAGAGACCACUGUCCGGUCUUGGGUGAGCAGAAUGGCAACAGAAAUCCUGGUGGCCUUCAGAUUGGAGACCUGGUCAACAUUGAUUUGGAUCUUGAGAUUGUCCAGUCUCUCCAACAUGGACAUGGAGGAUGGACUGAUGGCAUGUUUGAGACGCUCACCACCACCGGCACAGUGUGUGGCAUCGAUGAGGAUCACGACAUUGUGGUUCAGUACCCCAGUGGGAACAGAUGGACAUUCAACCCAGCAGUGCUGACAAAGGCCAACGUAGUGCGCAGUGGCGAAGUUGCAGCCGGCGCAGAAGGAGGCAGUUCCCAGUUCCAUGUGGGAGACCUGGUCCAGAUCUGUUAUGACAUUGACCGCAUCAAGUUACUGCAAAGAGGCCAUGGAGAAUGGGCUGAAGCGAUGCUGCCUACCCUGGGCAAGGUAGGCCGUGUGCAGCAGAUCUACUCUGACAGUGACCUUAAGGUUGAGGUUUGUGGGACAUCUUGGACGUAUAAUCCUGCUGCCGUCACCAAGAUCGCCCCCUCUGGCUCUGCUGUCAGCAAUGCCUCUGGAGAACGCCUGUCUCAGUUGUUGAAGAAACUGUUUGAGACGCAAGAGUCUGGGGACAUCAAUGAGGAGUUGGUCAAGGCAGCAGCCAAUGGAGACCUGGCCAAAGUCGAGGACAUUCUUAAGAGACCUGAUGUGGAUGUGAACGGGCAGUGUGCUGGACACACCGCUAUGCAGGCAGCCAGUCAGAAUGGUCAUGUGGAUGUCCUAAAGCUGCUUCUUAAACACAAUGUGGACCUGGAAGCUGAGGAUAAGGAUGGAGACCGAGCAGUGCACCAUGCAGCCUUUGGUGAUGAAGGCUCUGUCAUUGAGGUGCUGCACAGGGGCGGUGCAGACUUGAAUGCCAGGAACAAGCGAAGGCAGACUCCAUUACACAUAGCUGUCAACAAGGGCCAUCUACAGGUGGUUAAAACCCUUUUGGACUUCGGCUGCCACCCUAGCCUUCAAGAUUCAGAGGGUGACACACCUCUGCACGAUGCUAUUAGUAAGAAAAGAGAUGAUAUGCUGUCAGUGCUGCUGGAGGCUGGUGCUGAUGUCACCAUCACCAACAAUAACGGCUUCAAUGCUUUGCAUCAUGCUGCCCUGAGAGGAAACCCCAGUGCCAUGCGUGUGCUGCUAUCCAAACUACCGAGGCCUUGGAUUGUAGAUGAGAAGAAGGACGAUGGUUAUACUGCACUGCACCUGGCUGCUCUCAACAACCACGUGGAGGUGGCUGAGCUUUUGGUGCACCAGGGCAAUGCGAGCUUAGACAUUCAGAAUGUCAACCAGCAGACUGCAUUACACUUGGCAGUGGAGCGCCAGCACACCCAGAUAGUUCGGCUGCUGGUACGGGCAGAGGCCAAGCUCGACGUGCAGGACAAGGAUGGGGACACGCCGCUUCACGAGGCACUGCGUCACCACACGCUGUCCCAAUUGCGGCAGCUCCAAGAUAUGCAAGAUGUCAGCAAAGUGGAGCCCUGGGAACCUUCCAAGAACACGUUAAUCAUGGGCUUGGGCACCCAGGGGGCAGAGAAGAAGAGCGCCGCAUCCAUCGCCUGCUUCCUGGCAGCUAAUGGAGCAGACUUGACCAUUCGUAACAAAAAGGGCCAGUCCCCUCUAGACCUGUGUCCUGACCCCAGCCUCUGCAAGGCUUUGGCCAAAUGCCACAAAGAAAAGAGCAGCGGCCAGGUGGGCACCCGCAGCCCGUCUCUGAACAGCAACAUUGAGUCACUCGAGGAGUGUAUGGUGUGUUCGGACAUGAAGAGAGACACUCUAUUUGGGCCCUGCGGACACAUCGCCACCUGCUCCCUCUGCUCGCCUCGCGUCAAGAAGUGUCUCAUCUGCAAAGAACAAGUGCAGUCGAGAACUAAGAUCGAGGAGUGUGUAGUCUGCUCUGACAAAAAGGCAGCAGUGUUGUUCCAGCCCUGUGGUCACAUGUGCGCUUGUGAGAACUGUGCCAGCCUCAUGAAGAAGUGCGUACAGUGCCGGGCUGUGGUGGAACGCCGCACCCCCUUCGUACUUUGCUGUGGAGGGAAAGGUAUGGAGGAUGAUGCCGCUGAUGAUGAUGAUGAUGAUGAUGAUGAUGAUGAUGACCUUACAGGGAGCUCAAACAGUAUGGCAGGGGGAUCCCAGGAUCUUCUCCAGCCCAACAAUCUGGCACUAAGUUGGUCCAGCGGAAACAUCCCGGCCCUGCAGAGAGACAAGGCAAACACCAACGUCAACGCUGACGUACAAAAGCUGCAACAACAGCUUCAAGACAUCAAGGAACAGACCAUGUGUCCAGUGUGCCUGGACCGGCUAAAAAACAUGAUCUUCAUGUGUGGCCAUGGAACCUGCCAGCUGUGUGGGGACCGAAUGAGCGAGUGCCCGAUCUGCCGCAAGGCCAUCGAACGCCGCAUCCUCCUCUACUAGAUCCCACAAGGAACUCUCUUUCUCUUCUCUUAAAGCCCACAUUGAACGCGCUCACAAUGCGGCAUCCACACCAGCUGUUGCUGCUGCUGCCAUCCUCACAGCACUCGUGUCGGCCGGCCACGACUUAUUCUAUCCCACAAAUAUUCUCUUAGUGGGUUGACUGUGUUCAGGUGGAAUUCCUGUUAAAAAACAGAGAAAAUAUGAGUUGACUGAAAUUAAUUUUGCUGUGCUGUCAUAGUGAGUACAGCCAGGAAGAAAGAUGCCUGCUUUAGUGACAUCAUAUUUUUUCCUUUAAAAAAAAAAAAAUAAAUAUAUAUAUAUAUUUUUUUUUUUUUUUUCUUUUCUUGUCUUGUCUUUUCCCUUCAUCUUCUUCCCAUCUUUCUUUUAGUGGUGUUUUCAUUUUUCCAAACUGUUUUCCUAUCUGAAGUUCAGAUUCAGAGUCUUGGAUAUGAACGGCAUUUCAAUAACUUUUGGUAUCAGUCAAAGUGAGAAGUGUGGAGGAAAUGAGGGCGGCCUGUUACCGUUUGAUGUAAAGUUCUCAUUCAUCUGCUGCAGUCAGAUUUUAUUGUAUUUGUAAAUCUUCAUGCGAGUGUAUUUGUAUCGGAAGCUUCUUCAUUUUUCACGACAGUGCGGCAGGUUUGAGACACAGUUUGCACCCUGAGCGUUGCAGCUUUGGCUCUUGCAACGUUCUGCUUACCGACUGUCCUUGCGGUUAAAAACCAAAUGUUGGCAGUUUUGCACUAGAAAAGCAGGGUUAAAUACAUUCUCCACACUGACUCCAGAGGUCCACUUGAGGUCAGUGACAGAAUGCAGAUAUAAUGGUCUAACUGCCAGGUAGCACGCUGCACCCUGUACUUUGUUUACUGAGCUGUAACGACAGCGGUGUCGUAACACCCUUUCUGCUGCGGAUUUAAAAGCUGCCGUGUAGGAAGGAUUCAAGACAAACACACAGCAGCUCUUUCAGUUUCUGUCCAGUGGAACGCCACCCCAAUUGUAACUGUUCCCACACACAAACCCACAUGAUGCAAACGUUUUUACGGCAGAAGUAACUUGUUGCAAGUUGGUAUUAAACUGUUGAGACUUGGUGGUAUUGUCUAACAAAAAA